AUGGCAGAAAGCCCCAUGAACAAGCCUGUACCCAAUGAUGAAGAUACAGACAAAGAAGAAAAUAUCCGUUGCUUAACUCUGCUUGACCAUUUUGGCUUUGAGUGUUUACCCCACCAGCUGGUGACCAAAUAUAUGAAAGAAGGAUUCUCCUUUAACAUUCUCUGUGUGGGGGAAACUGGGAUUGGAAAAUCAACCUUGAUUGACACAUUGUUUAAUACAAAUUCUAAAGAACACAAAUCCUCACACUUUCACUCAACUGUUGGACUUAAAAUCCAGGCACAUGAACUCCAGGAAGCUAAUGUUCACUUGAAACUAACUGUUGUGAAAACAGUGGGAUAUGGCGACCAGAUAAACAAAGAAGGCAGCUACCGACCCAUAGUUGACUACCUGGAUGCUCAGUUUGAGGCCUAUCUCCAGGAAGAACUGAAGAUCAAGCGUUCUAAGUACCACGAUUCUCGCAUCCAUGUGUGCCUCUACUUCAUCUCGCCCACGGGACAUUCUCUGAAGUCACUGGAUCUAAUAACCAUGAAGAAGAUUGACCAUAAGGUGAAUAUCGUGCCACUGAUCGCCAAAGCUGACACAAUUUCAAAAACAGAUUUACCGAUGUUUAAGAGUAAGAUAAUGAGCGAACUGGCGAAGCAGGGCAUCCAGAUCUAUCAGUUCCCGGUAGAUGAUGACGUCACUGCUCAGACCAACUCCUUGAUGAAGGCACAACUGCCUUUCGCUGUGGUGGGGAGCGUGGAGGAGGUGAAAGUCGGCAGAAGGACAGUCAGAGGCCGCCAAUACCCCUGGGGGGUUUUACAAGUGGACAACGAGAACCACUGCGACUUCGUGAGGCUCCGGGACAUGCUCCUGUGCACGAACAUGGAGGACCUCAAGGAACAGACGCACACCCUUCACUACGAACACUACCGGAGCGUCAGGCUGAAGCAGAUGGGCUUCAGCGAGGUCGGUCCCAACAACCAGCCCAUCAGUUUUCAAGAGAUCUAUGAAGCCAAAAGACAGGAGUUCGCUGAGCAGUGUCUCAGAGAGGAAGAACAACUGAAGCAUAAAUUUAUGCAGCGGGUAAAGGAGAAAGAAAUCGCAUUUAAAGAAACGGAAAGAGAGCUACAGGAACAAUUCGAGCUCCUGAAAAGAAUCCAACAAGAGGAGACAAUGAAGCUUGAAGAAGAGAGGAGAAAGCUGGACGAAGAAAUAAUUGAGUUUUACAAAAUGAAAGCAGCCUCGGAAUCCCUGCAGGCCCAGCUGAAAAGGGACAAGGAGCGGAGGAAGUAG